AUGUCUAGAUCGAUUCCGACACUGAGCGCACCUCCUGGGAAGUCAUCAGCCCCCUACAAACUUCCUUGCUUCACUGGUGAAUUAUGGACAAUCCCGACUUCGAAGAGUACAAUGCGCCUUCUUGUCACGGGGAAUGAGACCAACAACGCAUUUGCUGUCAUUGGAACUGGCGGGACCUUUGACAGCCCUAUUGGUUUCCAUUAUCACAGAGAGGCGCACGACGUGUUUCUGUGCAUCAAAGGGUCGCUCAACGUUUGGGCGAAUGAUGUGGCAAGAACUUUAGGGCCUGGAGACUUUGCGAGUGUGCCACCUGCGACAGUUCAUCAGUACCAAAUUGCGUCUUCCCAUACAGAAUUUGUUGGCCUCGUUAUCCCAGGAGGCUGGGAAGCCUUCACAUCACUUACUCCCGUCCUCCAGUUUUUCCGCUUCGUGGGGGAGCCAUUUGAUGGACCUCUGUUCCCAACGCAUGAUGAGCGCUCCCCGUAUGAGGUCCUCAUCCCUAAACUUAUAGCCGCGGCAGAAAAUUUCGACAUGAUACCAGUACGCGACAAACAGUCCUUUGGUCCGCAACCUUGGGAUGGAACAGAAUCAACUCUUCCCGGUGUAUGUGAGAAUGGAGGAUAUUUUCUGAAGGCAGAUUCAGGACCAAAAUUUAUAGCUGGUGGAACAAUUGUUCGACCUCUAGCAACACGGAAAGAGUCAGGGGGCAAGUUUUCUGUAUACUGCAUAGAUUCAUCCAAGCUGCACCACGGGAAGGGACUGGAAGGCGAGAUGUUUACGUUUGAGAAGACGCACCACGUAAUUCAAGUCUUGGAGGGUUUGGUGAGAGUUGUCAUUGACGGAGAUGAUGCUGUUGUGGGAAGUAUGGAAACAAUUUUCGUGCCAGCUACAAAGUCGUGGAGGUGUGAAGCAGAGAGUGUUUACGCAAAGUACUACAUCUUUGCAAACGGGGGCGGAAUAGGAGAAGUUUUGACAACUGUUGGUCGCUCAUUCGAAUGGUCUGUUGUGCCAGAAGCUGCAGAUGUGGCUACGUGGGAUUAUAAGGCUCUUAAAGACUCCGAAUUGGAAUUGGGGUUUGUGAUUGCCUAG